AUGGACGCUCUCCUCGGCAGCAUGCCUCGGAAUGCAGGGUCCAACCCACCAACCAGCCGCGUCUUCGGCGAGGAGUUCGCGGGCUCCGGCAGCAGACGACCUGGUAGGAGGCCAGGCCUGGAUUUCAGCCAAAUGGCGACGACCGAUGGAAUGCUAAAUCCCACCCUCGCCAACAAACCCUCCGAGGCGUCACCUCUCGCUGUACAACAAGAGGAGACAUUUGCCCAGUACCCGCGCUUGAACCCCGCAUAUGGACGCACUGUAGAGUUGGAUGUCAACCGCGGACGCGACAUUGUGAGGGGCAUCGGCAUGUUGGGAAGUUUAAUGGCAAGGAACAAGGUUAAGAGCGACUUCAACAAGCAAAAGUUCCACGAAAGAGGCGGACUGAAGCGGAAGCGGUUGGCAUCUGAGCGGUGGAGGGCGAGGUUCCGAAAGGUUGACACAUGCACCUCGACCGUCGCAGCUGCCUUACGCGCAGCACCAACUACACAUGCGCUUAGUGAUUCCUCGAGCCUCCUAAAUAUCAUAAUCGCCAUGAUAUCGCAACGAAAGUCACCAUCAUGGCUCUCUGUCGUCGCGUUGUUCUCGUCUUUCGCAACCGCAUUGAGCGGCCAGGAGCCCAUGAAGAGCGCAGAAGAGGCACGAGGAUAUAACCCGGGGGAAAUGAUACCAGUCAGUUGUUUGAACAGGACCAUAGAAACCGGUGAACACAUCACCGACGCCGCCGGCCACCUGCAAUACAUACCCUUCCCCACCUGCAACGAAACCGGCCAACCCCUCCACCUAAACUUCGGUGUAGAGAAAGACGUAAACUGCACCAUAGACUUUGUCACGGACGAAUUCUUCCACCUGCUCGAAUUCUACAUCCACAACGACGCGCCCCUUUCCUGCCGUAUCCCGUCCAAACCGCUCCCACCCAGCGUCCUAGAAACCGAAUACCGGGUCAGCGAUGAAAGCACACAGGAGGGCGCACUGGGGACGCAGAGUACAAUGUACACGCCCCUUAUCAUUGCGCUGGCGGGGACACUGCAGUUGAGCCAUUUGCAUGUGGGGAAUUACUUGAAUCUGCUCGUUCAUGCUAGUCCUAAGAGUGUGGCACCCGGGACGGUGGAUGCGGCGACUGCGUAUUCCGUGUCGAGUCAUACGCGCAAUACCAAGAUCACGAUUGGGGAUCCGUUGAGUCUGGCGUUCAGUGUGCGGUGGUAUCCCAGUACGACGCUGCCUCCGGGUUGGAGUGGAUAUGGAGGACAUAUUUAUACUAGUACGUUGGUGUACUGUUUCUUGAGUGCCGUGGCGAGUGCGGCUGUCUGCGUUGUUUACUUCCGUGGUGUGGAAUUACCGAGACGACUGAAGAGGUAUGCUACGGAUCGGAUGAAUGGUGGAGGUGGAAGAGGAUUUGGAAACGGAGGUAGUGGAUACGGGCUUCCUGUCGCUAACGGACGAGGAGGCGGCAUGGGCAGUGGCUAUGGGUUGGGAGGAUAUGGCUACGGAGGCGGAGGCAAGCGAGUCGACUGA